AAGUCCCGCCCUCCAUCUGCGUUUCAUCCAAUGAUUCGUCCUGAACAACAUGAGGAAGUAGACGUCUGUUAUUAACGUAACAAUCAAGCACUCUGUGGACAUCUCCAAACAACCGAAAUGGCAAACACAGGCAAUGCAGAAAUCUCCUAUGAGGAUCUGAAAGCACUUCUGGAAAAGAGCCAGGAUCUCCUGCUUGUUGAUGUCCGCAGCAAAGAGGAAGUUGACAAAGGAGGUAUUCCAGGGGCAAUUCACAUCCAUGUUGAUGCAGUGGAUGCUGCUUUUGCAAUGGAGCCUGAAGAAUUCAAGGCCAAGUACGGAGUAACCAAGCCAUCAUUAGAUGCCCCCGAGCUGGUGUUUCACUGCCAGAUGGGAAUGCGAGGGGGAAGGGCCACUAGCAAAGCCCAGGAACUUGGAUACGUGAAUGCACGGAAUUAUAAAGGAGGAUACAAGGAGUGGUCUGCCAAAGAAGGAAAUUAAUUGAGAUUUCUGUUUAUUUCUU